AUGCCUUGGCCGUUUUCGGAGUCCAUCAAGAAGAGGGCCUGUCGGUACCUCCUGCAGAGGUACCUGGGCCACUUUCUGCAGGAGAAGCUGAGCCUGGAGCAGCUCAGCCUGGACCUGUACCAGGGCACCGGGUCCCUCGCUCAGGUCCCCUUGGACAAAUGGUGUCUCAAUGAGAUCCUGGAGUCAGCAGAUGCACCUUUAGAAGUCACGGAAGGAUUCAUACAGUCAAUUUCUCUGUCCGUUCCAUGGGGCUCCUUGUUGCAGGACAAUUGUGCACUGGAAGUGAGGGGGUUAGAAAUGGUCUUCCGACCUCGACCCCGCCUAGCAUCUGGUUCUGAGCCCAUGUAUUGGUCUAGCUUCAUGACCAGCAGUAUGCAAUUGGCAAAAGAAUGUCUUAGCCAGAAACUAACAGAUGAACAAGGAGAAGGAUCCCAGCCUUUUGAAGGACUUGAAAAGUUUGCUGAAACCAUUGAAACAGUACUAAGAAGAGUAAAAGUCACUUUUAUAGACACUGUCUUGAGAAUUGAACAUGUGCCAGAAAAUUCCAAAACUGGAACUGCACUUGAAAUUCGAAUAGAAAGAACCAUGUACUGUGAUGAAACUGCUGACGAGUCCUCAGGAAUUAACGUACAUCAACCCACAGCUUUUGCUCACAAGUUACUUCAGCUCUCUGGGGUCUCUCUCUUCUGGGAUGAGUUUUCUGCAUCUGCAAAAUCCUCCCCAGUGUGUUCAACUGCGCCAGUGGAAACGGAGCCAAAGCUGUCACCUAGCUGGAAUCCAAAAAUCGUCUAUGAGCCUCACCCACAACUAACAAGGACUUUGCCAGAAGUAGCACCCUCUGACCCAGUGCAGAUAGGGGGGCUCAGUGGCAGGCUGGAGUUGAGUCUCACACUGAAACAGAAUGACGUACUUCCUGGAGCUAAGUUGGAUAUUGAUGGGCAGAUAGACUCUAUACAUCUAUUCCUGUCACCCAGGCAGGUGCACUUACUUUUGGACAUGUUAGCAGCUAUUGCUGGACCAGAAAAUUCAAGCAAAAUAGGGUUAGCUAAUAAAGAUAGAAAAAAUCGACCCAUGCAGCAAGAAGAUGAAUAUCGAAUUCAAAUGGAAUUGAACCGGUAUUAUUUGAGGAAAGAUUCCCUCUCUGCCGGCGUGUCCUCAGAGCAGAGCUUUUAUGAGACAGAAACGGCUCGUACACCUUCUAGCCGGGAAGAAGAAGUUUUCUUCUCCAUGGCUGAUAUGGACAUGUCACACAGUCUCUCUUCUCUUCCACCCCUUGGGGAACCCCCAAAUAUGGACCUUGAGUUAUCACUGACUAGUACAUAUACAAACACCCCAGCGGGAUCUCCAUUAAGUACUACUGUGCUUCAGCCAACAUGGGGAGACUUCCUUGAUCAUCAUAAAGAACAGCCAGUAAGAGGAUCAGCAUUACCAUCCAACCUAGUUCACCCAGCAACUUUACAAAAGACUGCUCUCCCCUCUAGGUCUGUUUCAGUGGAUGAAUCUAGGCCUGAACUUAUUUUUAGAGUAGCUGUGGGAACGUUUUCAAUCUCUGUGCUUCACAUUGAUCCUUUAUCUCCACCUGAAUCAGCACUGAACGUUAAUCCAUUGACACCAAUGGCGAUAGCUUUCUUUACUUGUAUAGAAAAGAUUGAUCCAGCACAAUUUUCAACAGAAGAUUUUAAGUCUUUCCGAGCAGUAUUUGCAGAAGCUUGCUCACAUGAUCACCUUAGAUUUAUAGGCACUGGCAUCAAAGUGUCCUAUGAACAAAGACAAAGAUCCGCUUCCCGAUAUUUCAGUACUGAUAUGUCCAUUGGACAAAUGGAACUUCUGGAAUGCCUGUUUCCAACUGAUUUUCAUUCUGUUCCUCCUCACUAUACAGAGCUUUUGAUGUUCCAUUCCAAAGAACGAACUGAUUCUCACCCCCCUGUGUGUCUUCAGCUUCAUUAUAAGCAUUCUGAGAAUAAAGGACCUCAGGGUAGUCAAGCAAGACUUAGUUCUAUUCCUCAGAAGGCAGAAUUACAGGUUAAGUUAAAUCCAGUGUUUUGUGAGCUGGAUAUCAGUAUUGUGGACAGGUUAAAUUCCUUGCUUCAACCACAGAAACUCACUACAGUGGAGAUGAUGGCAUCGCAUAUGUAUACUUCAUAUAAUAAGCAUAUUAGUUUGCACAAAGCUUUCACUGAAGUGUUCCUAGACGACGCGCAGAGCCCUUCGAGCUGCCGGGUGUCGGUGCGGGCUGCCGCGCCAGCGCUGAGCCUUUCUGUCCGCUUCCCUAUACCGGACCUCCGGUCGGACCAGGAGCGGGGACCCUGGUUCAAGAAGUCGCUUCAGAAGGAAGCUCUUCAUCUAGCGUUCACAGACCUAGAGUUCAAAACUGAGUUCCUAGGAGGAGCAACCCCCGAACAAGUUACAUUGGAACUUACAUUUAGAGAACUAGUUGGGUCAUUCCAGGAAGAUAAAGGAGAACCAUCUAUUAAGUUUUUCCAUGUGGCUAGUGGAGGAGAUGGAGAUACAACGUCAUCAGAUGACUUUGACUGGCCGCGAAUUGUACUGAAGGUGAACCCACCAGCCAUGCAUUCCAUUUUGGAGAGAAUGGCAGCUGAGGAGGAAGAGGAAAGUGACGGCCACUAUCAGGAGGAAGAGGAGGGAGGCGCUCACUCCCUGAAGGAUGUCUGUGACCUGAGGAGGCCAGCCCCGUCUCCCUUCUCUUCCCGCAGGGUCAUGUUUGAAAAUGAACAGAUGGUGAUGCCAGGAGACCCUGUAGAAAUGACAGAGUUUCAGAAUAAAGCAAUCAGCAAUUCUCACUAUGUGCUGGAACUUACGUUACCCAAUAUUCAUAUAACACUACCUAAUAAAAGCUUUUAUGAGAAGCUUUAUAAUAGGAUCUUUAAUGAUUUGCUGCUAUGGGAACCAACAGCUCCUUCACCAGUAGAGACAUUUGAAAAUAUUUCGUAUGGUAUUGGGCUUUCAGUAGCCAGUCAGCUGAUUAAUACCUUCAGCAAGGAUAGUUUUAGUCCAUUUAAAUCUACAGUUCACUAUGAUGAGGAAAGUGGAUCUGAGGAGGAGACUUUGCAGUAUUUUUCUACUGUUGAUCCCAAUUAUCGUUCUCGUAGGAAAAAAAAACUAGACUCUCAGAACAAGAACUCACAGAGUUUUCUCUCAGUUUUUCUGAGUAUUAAUCAUGGGUUAAUGGCAGUGUUUACGGAUGUAAAGCAAGGUGACGGAGAUCUGUUGGAAAACAAGCAUGGUGAAUUCUGGUUAGAAUUCAACAGUGGUUCGUUAUUUUGUGUGACAAAAUAUGAAGGUUUUGACGACAAGCACUACGUUUGCCUUCAUUGUAGCAGUUUCAGUCUCUACCACAAAGGCAUAGUGGAUGGAGCAGUUCCUUCUACAGAAACACGACUGCCUAGUUCAACCCGCCCACAUUGGUUAGAACCUACUAUUUAUUCCUCUGAAGAAGAUGGCCUCAGUCGAGCUUCUUCAGAUGGUGUUGGAGGAGACACUUUGAAUAUGCUGUCUGUUGCAGUUAAAAUACUGUCGGAUAAAUCAGAGUCCAAUACAAAGGAGUUUCUCAUUGCUGUAGGGCUAAAAGGAGCUACUCUCCAGCAUAGAAUGCUUCCUUCUGGGCUUAGCUGGCAUGAGCAGAUUUUAUACUUCUUGAAUAUUGCUGAUGAACCUGUUCUGGGAUACAAUCCUCCAACUUCAUUUACAACCUUUCAUGUUCAUCUCUGGAGCUGUGCACUUGAUUAUAGGCCUCUUUAUUUGCCAAUCCGAUCUCUUCUUACUGUUGAAACAUUCAGCGUUUCAAGUAGUGUCGCCUUGGAUAAAUCAUCGUCUACUCUCAGAAUAAUUUUGGAUGAAGCUGCUUUACACCUGUCUGACAAGUGUAAUACUGUUACUAUAAAUUUGAAUAGAGAUUAUGUUCGUGUGAUGGAUAUGGGACUUUUGGAAUUAACCAUAACUGCAGUGAAGUCUGAUUCCGAUGGAGAGCAAACUGAACCGCACUUUGAAUUGCACUGUUCUAGUGACGUUGUCCAUAUUAGAACGUGCUCAGACUCUUGUGCUGCCCUAAUGAAUCUAAUUCAAUACAUUGCAAGCUAUGGGGACUUACAUGCCACCAACAAGGCAGACGUGAAACCAGGAGCUCCUCAAAGAAUGGUGAAGGUAGAUUCUGUUGGUCGGUCAUCCUCACGUGGUCCAGUACUUCCUGAAGCAGAUCAGCAGAUAUUACGAGAUCUGAUGAGUGAUGCUAUGGAGGAGAUUGACGUGCAAGAAGCAGCUUCAUCUGUAAAACCACAGUCUAAUGGUGUUUCUGAUGAAAAAUCUCAAGUUCAGGAACCGUGUUGUUCAGACCUCUUCCUGUUUCCUGAUGAGAGUGGAAACGUGUCCCAGGAGCCUGGUCCCACUUACACCUCAUUUACCCACCACUUGAUUAGUGAUCCAGUGACAGGCGUGCCCACGGAAAAUGACGACUUUUGCAUUCUUUUUGCACCAAGAGCAACCAUUCAGGAGAAGGAAGAAGAACCAGUUGUAAAAAUAAUGGUUGAUGAUGCAAUUGUGAUAAGAGAGAAUUAUUUUAGUCUGCCUGUUAAGAAGACAGAUACAAGCAAAGCCCCGUUACACUUUCCCGUUCCUGUCGUUCGGUACCUGGUUAAAGAAGUCUCUCUUGUUUGGCAUCUUUAUGGAGGAAAAGAUUUUGGAACAGCCCCUCCUACUUCUCCAGCUAAAAGUUAUAUUAGUCCCCAUAGCUCACCUUCUCACACACCUACAAGACAUGGACAUAAUAUGGUCUGUGGGGGAAAAGGAAGAAACCAUGACUUUUUAAUGGAAAUACAGUUAAGCAAGGUGAAGUUUCAGCAUGAGGUCUACCCGCCCUGCAAACCAGAGUGCGCGUCUAGCCUCGUGGAGCAGCCAGUAUCCCGGCAGGUGCUCAUCGUGCAGGAUCUGGAAAUUCGGGAUCGUCUGGCAACAUCACAGAUGAAUAAAUUUUUGUACCUGUAUUGCAGUAAAGAAAUGCCUCGAAAAGCUCAUUCCAACAUGUUGACAAUUAAAGCAUUACACGUGCGCCCAGAGUCUGGCAGGUCCCCACAGGAGUGCUGCCUAAGAGUGUCACUAAUGCCACUUCGCCUCAAUAUUGACCAGGAUGCCUUGUUCUUCUUGAAGGAUUUCUUCACAAGUCUUUCUACAGAAGUAGAGCUUCUCAUGACUCCAGAUCCAGAAGUUAAAAAGUCUCCUGGGGCUGAUGUCACCUGCAGUUUGCCAAGGCAUUUAAGCACCUCAAAAGAGCCAAAUCUAGGUCUUUCUUUCCCUGGGCCAAAACAGCCUUCCCCAAAUGGCAGUGCCGAUUCAGUGCAAGCGGUUAAUGGGGAAGAAGAGAAGGACUUCUCUCCUGAAGAAGCGUUGUUUAGUGAUCAGCCUGUGUUUUUUAGAGAAUUUAGAUUCACAUCAGAAGUUCCUAUUCGACUUGAUUAUCAUGGGAAACAUGUAUCAAUGGAUCAGGGUACAUUAGCUGGGAUUUUGAUUGGUCUCGCCCAGUUAAACUGCUCUGAACUAAAGCUGAAGAGGCUUUUCUAUCGACAUGGUUUGCUAGGUGUGGACAAAUUAUUCUCAUAUGCAAUCUCCGAAUGGCUUACUGACAUUAAGAAGAACCAGCUGCCAGGAAUCCUGGGAGGCGUUGGGCCUAUGCAUUCACUAGUACAACUAGUGCAAGGCCUCAAGGACCUGGUCUGGCUGCCAAUCGAGCAGUACCGGAAGGACGGCCGCGUCGUCAGGGGGCUGCAGAGGGGGGCUGCCUCCUUUGGCACCUCGACAGCGAUGGCUGCUCUCGAGCUCACGAACAGAAUGGUUCAAGCCAUACAGGCAGCGGCAGAGACUGCGUAUGACAUGGUGUCUCCAGGCACCCUUUCCAUCGAGCCCAAGAAGGUCAGAAGGUUCCCCCAUCACCGGUUAGCCCACCAGCCAGUGGACCUGAGGGAAGGGGUGGCCAAGGCCUACAGUGUCGUGAAGGAGGGAAUCGCAGACACGGCUCAGACCAUUUACGAAACCGCCGCUCGGGAACAUGAGAGCCGGGGGGUGACGGGCGCCGUGGGGGAAGUCCUGCGCCAGCUCCCCCCAGCCGUGGUGAAACCUCUGAUCGUUGCCACAGAAGCGACAUCGAACGUCUUGGGUGGCAUGAGAAACCAGAUCAGACCAGAUGUUCGGCAGGACGAGUCACAGAAGUGGCGCCAUGGGGAUGACUAA